UUACACUGUGUAUUAGCAGUAGCUGUGACUGAGGAAGAAUCUGAGGAGAGGACGACACCUCUGCAUCAUCGCGAUUGAGAGUGAUACACAUUCAUGAGUUGACGCCGGCUUGUCUGCGGAGAAGACGCCUGGUGUCCUAGAGAAGUUGGACGUGGUUGACGGAGGAGGACUACAUUUCCCUUCAGACCAAGCGCAUUAUAAAGAGCCUCCCUCCUCUCAGGUGGCGCCGGAGCAUUGUGGGAUUGGAUGAGUCUCAAGAUGGACAACCGGGAUGUUGCAGGAAAGGCUAAUCGGUGGUUUGGGAUGGCACAGCCCAAGUCUGGAAAGAUGAAUAUGAACAUCCUCCACCAGGAAGAGCUCAUCGCUCAGAAGAAGCGGGAAAUCGAGGCCAGAAUGGAACAGAAGGCCAAGCAGAGUCACGCAGCCAGUCCACAGCCCCCUCAUCCUGGGGAAAUUGCCAGUGCACAUAACUCCUGCAUCUCCAACAAGUUUGCCAACGAUGGCAGCUUCUUGCAGCAGUUUCUGAAGUUGCAGAAGGCACAGACAAGUACAGGUCCAGCCCCCAGGGCCCCUCCCAGCAUGCCCACACCCAGCACCUUAAAGAAACCCCUCCUACUCAGCAAGAGGACAGGCCUGGGUCUGGGCAACCCCACAGGCCCUGUGAAGAACUACUCACAUGCCAAGCAACUUCCCAUUGCACACCGCCCAAGUGUCUUCCAGUCUCCUGAUGAUGAUGAUGAGGAGGAGGACUAUGAGCAGUGGCUGGAGAUCAAAGAGAGAGUGUGCCUAGUGACUAUUGGGUGUGUGAGUUGGAGCCCAGUUACUGACAGCGUCCUUAAAGUUUCACCCCCAGAGGGAGCCGAGACUCGGAGAGUGAUAGAGAAGCUGGCCCGUUUUGUGGCAGAAGGAGGCCCAGAGCUAGAGAAAGUAGCUAUGGAGGACUACAAGGAUAACCCAGCCUUCACCUUUUUACACGAUAAGAAUAGCAGGGAAUUCCUGUACUACAGAAAGAAGGUAGCUGAGAUCAGGAAGGAAGCCCAAAAGCCACAGGCAGCCACCCAGAAAGUUUCACCCCCAGAGGACGAAGAGGCCAAGAACCUUGCAGAAAAGUUGGCCAGGUUCAUAGCAGACGGGGGUCCUGAGGUGGAGACCAUCGCCCUCCAGAACAAUCGUGAGAACCAGGCCUUCAGUUUUCUCUAUGAUCCCAACAGCCAAGGGUACAAAUACUACCGGCAAAAGCUGGAGGAGUUCCGGAAAGCCAAGGCGGGCUCCACUGGCUCCCUCCCUGUUUCUGCUCCCAACCCCAGCCUGCGGCGCAAGUCUACCCCCGAAGCCCUGUCAGGGGCUGUACCCCCCAUCACUGCCUGCCCUACUCCAGUGGCCCCAGCGCCUGUUGUCAACCCCACUCCGUCCAUCCCUGGGAAACCCACCACCACAGCCACUGUGAAGAGGAAGCGGAAGAGCCGAUGGGGUCCUGAAGAGGACAAAGUGGAGCUGCCACCCACCGAACUGGCACAGAGGGACAUAGAUGCCUCGCCUUCACCUCUGUCAGUUCAGGAUCUCAAGGGGCUCGGCUACGAGAAGGGGAAACCAGUGGGCCUAGUGGGUGUCACAGAGCUGUCUGAUGCACAAAAGAAGCAGCUGAAGGAGCAGCAGGAGAUGCAGCAGAUGUACGACAUGAUCAUGCAGCACAAGCGUGCCAUGCAGGACAUGCAGCUGCUGUGGGAGAAGGCACUGCAGCAACACCAGCAUGGCUACGACAGUGAUGAGGAGGUGGACAGUGAGCUGGGCACCUGGGAGCACCAGCUGCGACGCAUGGAGAUGGACAAGACAAGGGAGUGGGCAGAGCAGCUAACACAGAUGGGUCGGGGCAAGCACUUCAUCGGUGACUUUCUGCCCCCUGACGAGCUGGAGAAGUUCAUGGAGACCUUCAAGGCCCUGAAGGAGGGUCGAGAGCCGGACUACUCAGAGUACAAGGAGUUCAAGCUGACAGUAGAAAACAUUGGCUACCAGAUGCUCAUGAAGAUGGGCUGGAAGGAGGGCGAGGGACUGGGCACCGAGGGCCAGGGCAUCAAAAACCCAGUGAACAAGGGUGCCACCACAGUAGAUGGAGCUGGCUUUGGCAUUGACCGGCCGGCAGAGCUCUCCAAGGAGGAUGAUGAGUAUGAGGCCUUCCGCAAGAGGAUGAUGCUGGCCUACCGCUUCCGGCCCAACCCUCUGAACAACCCCAGACGGCCCUACUACUGAAUAUUCUGGAAACAUAAAUUCUACUUUCAGAUCGGCCAUCCUUAGACUGUGGAGUGUUCUGGCAUCCAUCUCUACCCAUCCUGUGUCACAAGUGUUGUGCUGUGUAUUAAAGUCCCAGUGCUCA